AUGGCGGAAACAACAACAAAACCACCGGACAUUGCUCUUCUUCCAACUCUAGGCCUAGGCUAUCUCAUCCCAUUUAUGGAGUUAACCAAAAGACUAGCUCACUUUCACAACUUGCACGUCACAUGCAUUGUUCCCACAAAUACAAUUAUAGGGUUUCCACCAAACUCCAUCAAAGCGGAUCUUGAAGCUCUGAAUUCUCCAUCCCUAAACCAUAUCCUUCUUCCUCCUGCCAACUUGGACGACUUGCCGCAAGACACCGAGCUCACAACUCUCCUCUACUUCGCAAUGUCUCGUUCUAUGCCUUCUCUAAGAAAGGUUUUGAAGUAUUUAAUGGAGAAUAAUCAUUUGGUUGCUUUUAUAAUUUAUCCUCUUGCAAAUUUUGCCUUCGAGAUUGCUAGAGGUUUCAAUCUUUUGACCUACAUUUUCUUCCCAUCUAGUGGGAUUUGUUUGUCUUGGUGGUUGUAUUUGCACAAGUUAGAUGAGAUGGUUCCAUUUCACUUUAGAGAUUUGCUCUACCCGGUUCGAGUUCCCGGGUCCAGCAUACGGCUUCGCGGAAGAGAUUUUCCUGACCUGGAUAAACCCGGCAGAGUAUGGAGUGUUGAAAUCUAA